AUGGACAAGACCGGCACGACCUCCGGCUCUCUCUGUUCCCUUUCUUCGCUUAAAUCCUCUUCUCCGCCAUCCACCUCUUCCUCUCUGCGCGUUUCUGGACCCGGAUGCACUCCGUUGCACGGAGAAAGCCUCCGCGGCGAGGCGCCGUCUUCUGUUCCUGCCUGCUGGCGGCGCGAGCCUGUGAUUUUGUGUCCACCGAACAAGGCUCCUGUUGUUCGUGUUGAACAGAUGCAUGUCCAGCAGCAAGGGAAGCGCAAGCGACAGCAUGUGCCUCUCCCAGUCGCUCCUCAAGGGAGUUCUUGGACCGGCCUUCCUUCACAGGGGACGGGCGGUGUAUGCGCACCGUCGCGUCCAGCUUGCUGGUGUCUGCCGUGCGUCAAACCGCGUUGUCGUUCCUUUGCUUCUUCUUCUGCCUCUGCAAAGGUGGAAUCGGCGGCAGCCCCCUCUGUCUCUUCAUCUCUUCCCUCUCCUGCGGCGUCCUCCGGCAGGUUCCGGUCUGCAGUUCACCAAGAGAUGAUUGUUGCCAUGACCCGGACCCACUUGCAAAAUCUCCUCCUGAAACGCUUCGGGACUUUCAAAACGCAGGAGUGCCGCAUCCUGGGCAAACCGGCCUUUUCCGCUGUGGUUUUGAAGGCCUGGGCGAGCUGGCUGGUUGACCAGAAUCUCUGUUUGGACGGCGAAGCCGGGUUUCGCCUCGCGUACGCCCCGCCGCCGCCAGCGGUUUUGAAGAACCCGAAAGUUCGCGAGUUGAUGGCGACCGACCUCGAAGUCCACUGGCUGAUGACCAAGCUGACGAACCAGAACACAGCGGCAGUUUCGGGCGUUUCGCCUGCCUCGGAGCGCGCGAGCACGGACCUCGCGUCAGACCCAGACGCAGAGCGGAGAAUCCAAAUGGUGAAGAAAGCAGACAACGUCCCGCAACCUCACUUUCCGUCGGUGUUGAAGAUGGACCACCCGCAGUUCCCCUACGAGCCCUACGAGCUCGAGAAGCUGCGCGAUCUCUACGGCGUGCUGCUCAAAUGGCCGUACAGAGAAGGGGGCCAGGUUCCGAGCGUCGCAGCUCGGCGGGCAGAGAUGGAGCGGAAGCGCGAGGAGCGGGUGCGACGGGGGGAAGAAGAGGAAGGCGCGCGGGAAGAAAGCGAAGAAGUCGCUGGGCAACUCGAAGUCACCACCGGCUGCAGCGACAGCUACGUGUACGCCCCCAGCGAAAUGGAAACGGGGCUCUACAGGGAACACUGA